UUGCACAACAUACACAGUCACAUAUCCGAUUUGAUUUUAAGGAAACGAUUGAUGGGGAAGAGAUUGUGUAUAUGUGUUUUUUUUCCUACAAGACGCCAGCAAACGAAGAUAGGAAAAAAACUGUUGUGUGGUUUUGAUACACGUCAACAGAAAACAGAAAACCAUUCUUCGUGACUUGGCGCUCGCAGAACUCUGGCAUUCCUGUGCUGCUUGCGCAAAGCUAGAAGCAAAACCUGUUUUUCAGUUGUCUUAAGUGCUUUCUGUGUUCGCAGAGGAACAAGAACCAAUAGAGAGCCGUAGCAGCGCACAACAGGACAACGAGGAACAACGGAUCGAGGGUGCUCCGGUCGCGCGUAUAUAAAGCCAUCGUUCGGCAGUGAAAGUUUUCUCAGUACUGAGUUAAUAACCCAAGGGAACGGAACGGCGAUCAGAGAGGGCGCGUGAAUCGAAACUCUAAUUUUUAUUUGGUUCAAGAUCGUGAAUCAAUUCCAAAAAUACUGUGUGUGUUAAGCAGCAGGCUCCUCUGGGCUCUAUAUCUGACGACUUCCACGUAAGGAGUGUCCGCGCGUCGGCGUGAGAGCAAGUUUGCAAAGCAAGCGAAACAAUUGAAAGCAGAAUUUGUGGUGAGAGGUGUGGACAACCACACGAAGAACGAACGCGAACGUGUUGUGUGGGGUAAACUGGUACCCGGGGCGAAUCUCAGGUGCAAAAGAAGGUGCUGGAGUGGCGAUCCACACAAUAUAUUCAAAGUAAUAAACUGACGAUCCGUGGCAAACAGUCGUCAGUCGUCUGCGUUCCGCGUUCGUGUGAGGUACGGUUAUCGGUAGUGAAAUCACGGGGGUGUUAUCUACAGAAGCGUAAUUCUUCGAACUGUUACAAAUCUUUCCGGAGCACUUGGACUCAGUGAGUGUGUUAGUGGUUGGACAGCAGCAAACAAAUCGAGCUCCCGCAGUGUGUUGUGUGGUUUCCCGCAUAGUGGACUGAAGAACUAGAGAUACGGAACGAUUCGUUUGGUGUAAUAAACCGAUAAAAUGUGUGGAAUUUUCGCGUACUUGAACUUCCUGACGCCGAAAACACGGCGCGAGGUUUUGGAUCUACUGCUGACCGGGUUGAAGCGGCUGGAAUACCGUGGCUAUGACUCGGCCGGUGUAGCGGUGGACAAUCCUCACGAUGAUCAGAGCGGCAUUGUGACAUUCAAGCGCACCGGAAAAGUGAAGAUGCUCGAGGAAUCCAUCGUUGAAGCGACGGAAGAUGGCAGCUACAAUGGUAACGUCGAUACACAUGUCGGCAUUGCGCACACAAGAUGGGCCACUCACGGUGCCCCGAGCGCGGUCAACUCACAUCCCCAGCGAUCGGACGAGACGAACUCGUUCGUUGUGGUGCACAAUGGAAUCGUGACCAACUAUAAGGACAUCAAGAAGUUUCUGGAGCUGCGCGGAUAUGUUUUCGAAUCGGAUACUGACACGGAAACCAUUGCCAAGCUGGUGCAUCACUUGUACGUUCAGCAUCCAAACUACUCCUUCAGGGAGCUGGUGGAGCAAGUUGUUCAACAGGUUGAGGGAGCAUUCGCGCUUGCCUUCAAGUCAAAACAUUUUCCCGGUGAAUGCGUCGUAACUCGGCGAGGAUCUCCGCUGCUUGUCGGUAUCAAAGCCAAGACCAGCCUGGCUACGAAUCACGUUCCAAUUCUUUACGGCAAGGGACACCGCCAUGGAUCCUCCGGUAACAUUCAGUUCGAGCCGACUCCUGAUAAUACGUCCGACUUUAUGAAUCCGGGAGAGGAAGUCGAAUAUUUCUUCGCUUCGGAUGCUUCGGCUGUUAUCGAGCAUACCAACCGUGUGAUCUAUCUCGAGGAUGAUGAUGUUGCAGCCGUCAAGAAUGGUGCCCUUGGUAUUCAUCGUCUGAAGAAGAGCUUGGAUGACCCACACGCGCGUGAAAUUACCACCCUGAAAAUGGAAAUUCAGCAGAUCAUGAAGGGUAACUAUCGCUACUUCAUGCAGAAGGAAAUUUUCGAACAACCCGAGUCCGUGAUCAAUACCAUGCGGGGACGUGUCAACUUCGAAAGCAUGAAGGUGACACUCGGAGGCAUCAAAGACUACAUUCCAGAAAUUAAACGCUGCCGGCGAUUGAUGUUGAUCGCUUGCGGAACUUCGUAUCACAGUGCCGUUGCCACCCGGCAGCUGCUGGAGGAACUCACCGAACUGCCGGUGAUGGUUGAGCUGGCCUCCGAUUUUCUGGACCGCAACACCCCGAUCUAUCGUGACGAUGUGUGCUUCUUCAUUUCGCAAUCGGGCGAAACUGCCGAUACUUUGAUGGCUCUGCGCUACUGCAAGCAGCGUGGCGCACUGAUUGUCGGAGUUACCAACACCGUGGGCAGCUCGAUUUGCCGCGAGUCGCACUGUGGAGUGCACGUGAAUGCCGGACCGGAGAUUGGUGUGGCUUCAACGAAAGCCUACACAUCGCAGUUCAUUUCCCUGGUCAUGUUUGCGCUGGUUAUGAGCGAGGAUAGGCUCUCGCUGCAGAACCGACGGGAGGAAAUUAUGGAAGGACUUCGCCAGCUGGACACACACAUCAAACAGGUGCUCAAGUUGGACCAGAAAGUAUUGGAAAUCGCACAAGAUCUCUACCAGCAGAAGUCGCUUCUGAUCAUGGGACGUGGUUACAACUUCGCCACAUGCAUGGAGGGUGCUCUGAAGGUGAAGGAGUUGACAUACAUGCACAGCGAGGGUAUCAUGGCCGGUGAGCUAAAGCAUGGUCCGUUGGCUCUCGUAGAUGACACUAUGCCUAUUGUUAUGAUCAUCAUGCGAGAUCCAGUGUACGUGAAGUGUAUUAACGCACUCCAGCAGGUUACGGCCCGCGAGGGACGACCGAUCAUCGUCUGUGAGGAGGGUGAUGAGGAGACCAUGUCCCUCGCGUCAAAGGCUCUGGAAAUUCCACGAACCGUCGAUUGUCUUCAGGGCAUUCUAACCGUCAUUCCGAUGCAAUUGCUUUCCUACCACAUAGCCGUCCUGCGAGGAUGCAACGUCGAUUGUCCACGAAAUCUUGCAAAAUCCGUCACGGUGGAGUAAUAACUUCCAUCUGCAAUUCCUAUAUUCGUAUAAGCGCAGUUUCCGAUCGCAUAUGUGUUUAUUUUAUUUCAUGAGGAGGAUUUAUCGUUUACUCAGAACAUCACAUCACACAGUCUCGUUUCAUAUGAUCAACAACAACAACAGAAGAGAAGCGGUAUCAGCACAUAGGCAAUGCAGAUGCGUAGAGGCUUCCCCAGGUGCAAUACAAUUACCGCUCAGCGGCCCAGCGGCUUAUCAUUUGGAGAAAAACAAAAUUGCCCCGCAUAUCUCGAUCUCCCAAUCUACGAGGUCCGAGCAAUCAUCGACAUCAAAAUCAUGGCGCAACGUCAGCAUGUUGACUGUAAUCGCGAAACAGAAAAGAUGACAGUAGACGACACAAAAAUGUUACUGCGGCAGCGUCAGAGCCGAUAUAAAUGUGUGUGUAUUUCAUAAUCGAAGUAAGCUUUGUUUAUUACUUAUUUAAAACAAGCAAAAACAAAAAACAAACGAGCAAAUGUUAAUCAGAUUUCUAUUUUGUACCACUGAGAAUCAUGUUUUUAUAUAUAUAAAUGGAUAUAAUUCGAGAAAAAUAAAGUAUUAGUGUUUAUUCCUUUUUUCAACAAA